AACUGGUUUUGUUUCUGUUUAAAAUUAUCUCUUAUUCGAAAAUACUAGUACUACCUCAAAACAUAAAGUAUUUGGGUUUAGAGAAUAUUGAACCAAGUCCACGUUGUUGUGGAAAUUUUGGCACAAGGACAAGCAAGAAGAGGUCAGGGAAGAGAAGGAAAUUAAACUUGUCCAGUAAUGUCCUGGCCUAUUACUACAAGAAAAUUUUAGAUGGAAAGAAAGGUGAUAUUAUAUGGUUGGCAUGGGGUCAAUGGUGGCCGCAAAAACUCAAGAAGAUCUAGGAGAAGACCGUCUCUUAAAUUUACCUCACGGGGGCAAAAUGGAGCAGAGGGCAGAGAUCAAAGAGAAUCACGAAGAGGCUCACAUGCAUUUAAUCCAUUCUAGGGUAUCUAAAUGUCUUAGCACUUUCCAAGACAAGUCAGAAGAAUAAGGUGGAAUCUAAUUGGGGCAAUUGUGAGGUGGCUUUGAAAGGCUAAAAGGGCUUUAAUUGCAAGGCUCCCAACCAACUAUUAAAAGGACAUCAAAAAUCAGAUCAAAGGAAGGAAGAAGGACGAACUGCUCCAGCAAUACAGAAAAACAGGAUUGAGAUAAUCCUUGAAGGGGUUGAGUGACUUGAGAUUCACUUGUGAGGGUUUAAUCUUGCACCCGCAAGCAAGAGUUUGUUCUGGUUUAAUCUUGCACCUGUAAGCAAGAGAUUUCUAGUGGAUUGAACUCUCAAGCAAGGAGGCUUGGGGAGUUGACGUAUUCCGGGUUGGAGGAACCAUUAUAAAUCACGGCUUGAUAU